AUGCCACUGUCCAUGACAACCACAUCUUCUUCCUCUUUAUCAAAUGAGUAUUCUAAAGCUCAAAAAGAAAUAGUUGAAGAACAUCAGUUACAAGAGAAAAUUACCAAUGAAGAAUUUAAAAUUUGGAAAAAAACAGUACCAUUAUUAUAUGAUAUUAUUCAUACAUAUUCAUUUGAAAAUCCAUCUUUAAUAUUUCAAUGGAUUCCAGGUUAUACUACUGAUUCUAGUAAUCAACAUAUAAAUAUCAAAUGUUUAUAUGGUACUAAUUCCCUUGAUAAGAAUCAAAAUUAUUUAAAAAUUGGAAGCAUUAAUUUACCAAGUACUUUAAGUCCAACAUAUCAAGGUUCAUCAGGACUCGCAGUACCUAAUGUAGAUGAUAUUAAUGAAGAUUCGGGAGAUUUCAAAACUUUAGCUACUUGGAAACAAUCCUCGGAAAUCAAUAAACUUAAAGUAUCACCAAAUGGGCAGUUUGCAAUUGGUUUUAAUGCAGAUGGAAUCAUUCGUGGAUAUAAUUUAUCAAACAAUGAUAUUAUUGAUUAUAAAUAUCAUAAACAAGAAGGGUAUGCUCUUGAAUGGUUUCCUAAUAAUACCAGUUUCUUAUCUGGAGCAACUGAUUCACAAAUUGCUUUAUGGAAUAUUGAUAAACCAAGUACUCCAAUACAAUUAUUUAAAUCUCAUAGAGGAGCCAUCAAUGAUCUUUCAUCAAUCCCAGGACAACCCCAACCAUCCCUUUUUGGUUCUGUGAGUGACGACUCAACUACACAAUUUCAUGAUAUUAGAAUUGCAACUACUACUCAAGGUAUUAAUCCAGCUAUAACUGUUGAAAAUUCCCAUAUUCAAAAUUGUAUUAGUUUCCAUCCUGAUAUUGAUACUUUAUAUGCAACUGGAGGGAAAGAUAAUGUUGUCAGUUUGUAUGAUAUUAGAAAUUAUAAAACUCCAUUUAGAAAAUUCUUUGGUCAUAAUGGUACAAUUACCAAUAUUAAAUGGGAUAUUCAUAAUCCAAAAUAUUUAAUUUCUACUGCAUUAGAUAAAAGAUUGAUAGUUUGGGAUUUAAAUCAUUUAGAUCAUGAUUUUACAUAUCCUGGUGCUGAUAAUAUUGAUUCAAGUUCAAAACGUAAAACUCAACAACAACAACAGCAACCACAAGUUGAUCCAUGUUUGAGAUUUGUUCAUGGUGGACAUACCCAAAGAAUAGGUGAUUUUGAUGUUCAUCCAGAUAUAAAGAAUUUGUUUGGAACUGUAGGUGAUGAUAAUUUAUUGGAAGUUUGGAAACCAAAGACAUUACCUGUUGAAGAGGAAGAAGAAGAAGAAGAGGAUGAGGAACAUGAGGCAGAACGUCCACAAGAGGAGGACUCAACAAAGAACGACGAAGAAACUAAGAAUGAAAAUGAUGAUACUGAAAUGAAAGAUGUUGAUACAUCAAAAGAAGAUUUAGAUGAAGAAUCUAAACCAUCAAAAGAUGUAGAAAUGAAAGAUUGA